GCCGGUGUCACCGCUCGACGCGCUCCUCCAACCCAGCCCAGCCCAGGAUGGCGGAAGUGGAGAUCUCGGCCCGGGCCUACGCCAAGAUGUGCCUCCACGCCGCCCGCUACCCUCACGCCGCCGUCAACGGGCUCCUGCUGGCCCGGGCCCCCCGCCCGGGGGGCUGCCUCUGCCUCAGAGACUGCGUCCCCCUCUUCCACAGCCACCUGGCCCUCUCCGUCAUGCUGGAGGUCGCCCUGAACCAGGUGGAUCUGUGGGGUGCCCGGGGCAACCUGGUGAUAGCCGGCUAUUACCACGCCAACGCAGCCCUGGAGGACCAGAGCCCCGGGCCCCUGGCCCUGAAAAUCGCCGGGCGCGUCGCCGAGUUCUUCCCGGACGCCGUGCUCAUCAUGCUGGAUAACCAGAAGAUGGUGCCCCAGCCCCGCGUGCCCCCCGUCCUCGUCCUGGAGCAUCACAACCAGCGCUGGGCCCCCAAGGAUAAGAACGUGGUGAUGUGGCGGGACUGGGAGGAGUCGCGGCAGCUGGUGGGCGCCCUGCUGGAGGGCCGGGCCCAUCAGCACCUCGUCGACUUCGACGCCCACCUGGACGACAUCCGGCGGGACUGGACCAACCAGAGGCUGAACGUGGAGAUCGCGCGGAGGGCGGCCGCCGCCGCCAACGGCAGCGCCGCCGUCCAAUAAAGAGGCCGCCGCCGGG